AAGAAAUUAAAUAAAAUGGAUUAAAAUAACCUGCAUACAUUGUUUUUUAUUGAUCAUAUUCUUAAAAAUGAGUAAGCAUAAAAGAUAUAGUAACUUGCUAAAGAAUAAAGUGCAUAAAAUGCUCAUAUAAGAGAGGUAGCUAAAGAACAGGCUGAUAUAUUUUUAUCGUAACUUCCAUCUUCAAAUUACGGUGAAGAGAAAGUCAAAAGAUUAUAUUUUGAUGGUUGUUUUGAUUUAAUGCAUUCUGGUCAUUUUAAUGCACUUCGUUAAGCUAAAGAGUUAUGUGAAACUUUAGUAGUAGGAGUAAUUAAAUCAGAUGCAAUAGCUAAAGCAAAAGGACCUCCAAUAAUGACUGAUGAUGAAAGAUUAUCAUUAGCUAAGGCAUGCAAAUGGGUUGAUGAAGUAGUUGUUUAAGAAACAUAUGAUCCAACUAUAGAAUAGAUAGAUAGACAUUAAUGUUCACAUGUUGCUCAUGGAGAUGAUUUAGUAUAGACUGCUGAUGGCAAAGAUGCUUAUUAACCAUUUAAAGAUGCUAAGAGAAUGAAGUAAUUUUAACAUUCCAUAUUAUCUUAGAAUCUUUAAAAGAACUGAAGGAAUCAGUACUACUGAUAUUGUUGGAAGAAUGUUAUUAAUGACUAAAGAAGUUAUGUGGGAAGAAAAAGUAAUUAUUCAUCUCAAUAUUUUAGAAAGUCUUUUAAAAGUAAACCAUUGUUGAAGCAUCUAAUAUUAAUUCUUUAGAAAUUGAUCAAGCUUCUAUUGAAUAAACUUUAAAUAAUAAAAUACUUAAUACAACUAGAAGAAUUAUGCAAUUUAGUAAUAAUAUAAAACCUAAAUCUGGUGAUAAAAUUGUAUACAUCGAUGGAUCAUUUGAUAUUCUACAUUAAGGUCAUGUUGAUGUCUUAAGAAAAGCAAAAGAAAUGGGUGAUUUUUUAUAUGUUGGAGUUUAUGAUAAUGAAGUAUAUAUAAAUUCCUAUAUUUCUAGACUAUUAAUUAAAUUAAAGGAAAGAAUUAUCCUAUUUUAAAUUUGUAAGAACGAGUCUUAAAUUUACUUGCUAUUAAAUAUGUUGAUGAAGUUAUCAUGGGUGUACCUUAUAAAGUAAAUGAACAAUUAAUCAAAAAUUUUAAAAUUGAUUUAGUCGUUGAAGGAAGUUGUUCAUAAAAAACAUCUGAAGAUCCUUAUGAAUUACCAAUCAAAUUAGGAAUCUAUAAAUAAAUCAAGGCUAUCAAUUAAUAGACUACUGAUGAGCUAAUUGAAAGAAUAGUUAGCAAUAGAUUAAGAUUUUUGGAAAAGUAUAAUUCGAGGAAAAAAAAAGAAAUCAAUUUCUUUGAAAAUCAUGAUUACAAGGUAGAAGAAAUAUGAUGUAUAUAUAUUCGUCUAUCC